CUUGGAACUAGUCUCGCGUCGGACGUGCAGUGCGUAGGUUGUCGGUUGUCGAGUUCUCGCUUUCCGCGUACAUCGCGAACGCCGUGUAAUGCCCAAUUCUGGAAUAUCAGCGACUUCUGAGUGCGUCGCAGGGGUCGCCAUUAUCGUUUGAUGAAGCCCGCAAAUAAUUGGCCUUGAAAAAAGCGGCGACGCUGAAAACGGAGCGUCGGUUUUAUUCGCGUACGAAUAAGCAUCCGCGAUUUUCGUCUGGAUUUCGUGCGCGAGUAAACGGGAGUGCAUCUGUGUGUAGUGAAGUGCGAUAAAUAAUUAUUGCAAAUAUAAAAUGAUAAAAAAAAAUAGUGCAGUGAUCAGUGCCAAACCAUAUGGGAUUAUAGCAGAGCAGCAGUGGAACAUUAAAGGGGAUAUAUUAAAGCAGAGAGGUUAGAUAAUCGACUCAACGCAAUACUGCAGCAAUUUCCGAUGACCGAGAACCGGACAGGACCGCAGACGAUCGAGUUUCUCACGAAGAGAGUCGUCGCUCUUGGAGCGGUACAGGUGGGGCAAUUCCUGGUGGAUUGCGAGACGUACAUGUCGGUGCCGCAGCUUGGUGCUCAAAGGACAGUUCACGUGCUGCAUAAUUCGGAGCAGCCAGCCUCGGUGUUCGCUAUUUUAGAAUCGGGCAGCAAAGUCGUGCCACUGAUAGCAGAUGGGUUGUUCGAUCUGCUGAUGUUAAAAAUGACGAACAUCUACACCAGUAAAAAACAGACGAAGAUUGAGUCGAAGGGGCCGCGUUUCGAGCUCGGUGACUUUUGCAUCAAAUUGGGCAGCGUGACGAUGAGUCAGAAUUUCAAAGGCAUCCUAGUGGAGGUUGAGUACAGACCCUGCGUCGUGCCAGCAAAUUCGUGGGAACUCAUGCGCGAAUUUCUGCAAGGAUUCCUUGGCUCAGCCGUGUCGAAUCAAGCGCCCCAAUAUCUCCAGAACCGAAUGACCGAAGUUUAUCAGCCGAUGGAUACGAUACAUCAAUAUCUAGAACAAUUUGGACAAUACAGAAAAGCCACAGGAGUGAUUUAAAGGACAACGUUAGACGUAUUAUUUAUUCUAUUGCGAUACAUUCAUGAUGAGAUCAGUAUUAAAGAUUAUCAAUUUUUUUAAUGUGUAAAACUUACUAAUUAUUUUGUUAUAUAGACUGGAAAUGAAUUUAGUAUUCUAUUACUAUUAUCUGAAAUAUUUAUAUGCAAUAGUUUUAUUAAACAAUUCGUAAAAUUAAAUUUCUUGUAUGUAGACUAUGUAUACUAAUAUUUAAAACUAUUUAGAGUUUUCGUAAAAUUUUUAUAAAAAUAUUAAUUUUAAAUUUUAUUUUUGAGUAGUUUUUUACAGAAUUUUUGAUGCAACAAAUAUGCAUAAUGCGGCAGAAUACGCCAUCUGCAAAGAAACAUGAGAAAACUCAAUAGUAUCAAUCUAAUCAAUUGUGUGCAAUUGAUAAUAAACUGUCUCAUGAUGAAUUAUCAUAAUUAUUUAUUACUUGCAACAUUGGCUCUCUCGUUCAUUAUCCAAAGUUGAUUGUGAAACUGCGUUAAUGAAACGUGCGUUCCUUCCUAUCGAUGUAAAUGCGAUAGUUUUGGUCACUGAAGCAUAAAUAGUAAAUAAUUUCCGCAUUUUAUAAUUGUUUUAUGUAACAUAUUUAAUAUCUUUAUGUUUUUGAAAUAUAAAUGCGCGCGAACGUACAUAUACAUGAA